AAACAACAUGGAUGCCAGAGAAUGUUUUCUCUUUUAAUUUGUGUACAUGUAACUGAUUAACAAACAGAGAAUACUAGUCGCACUAUCAUGGCAUAUAUGUUGGGAAGUGAGACGUGUAUGGAGAGCCUGCAGAAUGACAUCAAGGACUUGCAGUGGGCCAUCACCGACGUCUGCUCACACACUGGUCCGCUCCAGUGUCCCUCGUGGAAGUUCCCUGAUAAAACAUCGGACCAACUUGACAUCGAGGAACUUCUGGAGAUGUACAGUUUUUCUCAGGAUGAAGAAGAGUGUCAGGUUGCUCACAUUGCCUUGUAUGAUCUAGUCAUUGACAGGAUGGUGUUCCUUAUUCAUGCCUUUGCCAAGUACACAGAACAGCUGCUCACUCCAAAAGUGGGUAGAGACAACUCUGUCAUGACCAAUAGUUCGGUGGGCCUAGUUGUGAAGAAAUACUGGAAUCGACUAAAUGAGCUGCACACUACAUUUCAGCAGGAAAAAUCUGAGAACAGGAGUAAAACUAGAAAGAUAGCUGACCUGGAGAAAAUGGUUGAGAAAUUAUCUGAAGAGGUGAAGCAGUAUCGUAACCAUGCACCAGUAAUGAAACCCAGUCUGAUGGGAGUUAUUCCUCUAAAUGAUGCCGAUUUGGCCAGGUUAAAUGCAGGUUGUCUCACUGUAAGUGAUGCCGAUAUUUCCCGUGAUGAAUACAACAAAUCCAGUCAGACGUACGAGACUGCAUUUCUCCCAUGUGAAUCAUGCGGAGUUGUCCAAAAGGGUUUGAGAGAGGCUGGCAAAACCAUUAUAGAAGUGUGUCAGAGUCAGUCUCUACCAACUUCUCUGAAACGGUUUUACGUUCAGACUGCCGAUCUCACGUGGCUGAGUUAUAACGAUGUCAGGCGAUGGGUGGCAGAACAGAACAAAGACAUCUUACGGAUACACAAACACUUGGAGCAGACCGUUGCAACCAUCAAGCCCCUGGAGGCAGAGGUGGAGUCGUGUGAAAAACAGAUCAAGCAACUGGAGAAGAAGUUUUCAAAGUGUGAAAAGGAUCUGUUGCAGGAGCGUGAGACUCAGAGUGCGGUUAGGAAACAGUUCGAUAUGAAGUCUAAAGAACAAGAGAAAAAGUUUACGGAAGAUCUGGCUCUGGUGACUCGUGAAAAAUCUCAGUUAGAGGUGACCAGAAAAGAUUUGGAACGGUCAGUGGAGGGAUUGAAGGAGGAGUUAGUAUCACAGCAUGAAACACUGAGAGAACUAGAGACAACAAACAAGGAGUUGAAAGUUGAACUAGAAGAAAAAUCUACCACAGUUUUAGAAAUAGAUAAACUGAGGAGUCAUGUCAACAACUUAGAGUCAAAGUUAAAAACUGUUACAGACACCUUGAAACAGUCUUCUAUAGAUCUCACAAGGGAACAGGCCAAGAACAGAAGUGUUUCAAAGCAUGAACAGUCUCUCCAGUCGAAGCAGGAGAGUUUGAUUAGUCGUAUUGACAAACUGGACGAAGAGAACACUGAGCUCCGAGAUCAGCUGUUGGGACUUGAAGACGAGAAAGAGGCUGUGGAGGAGUCGCUGAAGUCAACACAGAGUCAAAUAACAGAAUUGCAGAAAACUAUCAAAGAAAAUGAGACUGUGAUUAAGGACUUGACCAGACAGAAAGACGAGAUACAGAAGGAUCUCCAAGAGACCCGUGAGUUGAUACAAAAACUGGAAGUGAAACUUGAAGAGGCUAAGGAACGUGAACGGCUGAUUAUCGAGUACCCCGAUCUCAAUGGCCCAGUGAAUCCAGACUACCAAGGAUCAGGAGAUAUUGUACUGGAUAUGGAGAAGCAAGUUGAGGCCAACACUUUAAGGAUUCGUCUUCUAGAGGAACAAAAUGAAGGCUUGCGUAACUCGAUUACCAAGGUCCUGACUGUGAAGACAUCAAAGACGACGGAGCCAGUCAAAUAUCAGAUGACUCAGCCGACCCCUCUCUGGAAGACCAGUACAUUAGAACAGUACCACGUUGAUGACCGCGACAACCACCAAGGCUCACUCUAUCAGGAUAUUCGGGGUUUAAACUGUAACAACAGCAAUUCGUCCAACAGUGUUCCUAACAAGGCCCGGGAACAACCAAGUCCUGUUACAAAGGAACAGACAUAUACCUCGAGCGCUUCUCAUGUCAAUAUUAAUGAUACAUUCCUGGUUGGCAAGGCAACGCGACCCACCAGUGCUGUGUCAGCUAAGACAGGUAGCACGAAGGGGAGACCACUCAGUGCUAACAAAGUGAUGGUGCCCGUGAAUGCAACGAGUAUUGGUGCUUAUCUUCAAAUGAAGAAGAGUGGACAUUCACCUCAGGGGAACCAUAACAAAACUGUUAAAGGUUCAAAUAAACCACCGUCUGGUAAACCAAGACAGUAUGCCUGGGCAGAUGGAGAUGGUUUCAGUCAUCCAGCACCAACACUUGCCUGUGCCUUCUGUGAUAAAAUGUACAGCAAUUCCAGGGACUUGGAAAUCCACAAGUCGUACUGUACAGGAUGACACGAUGUUCAACCAGUGUUUCAUGGGACGUUAUAGCUAACACACUGAAAAUAUUAAAGGUUUUUUGUUUGUACAUUUGAGUUGUAACCCGUAAUUAGAGUUAAUGUAAAGCAAAUAUGAUCAAAUAUCAGUUAGUAUUAGUAAAUUGUAUGUAUAACUAGUGAUAAGAACUAAUGUAAAGCAAAUAUGAUCAAAUAUCAGUUAGUAUUAGUAAAUUGUAUGUAUAACUAGUGAUAAGAACUAAUGUAAAGCAAAUAUGAUCAAAUAUCAGUUAGUAAAUUGUAUGUAUAACUAGUGAUAAGAACUAAUGUAAAGAAAAUAUGAUGAUAGAGUUGUAACCAGUAAUUAUUGUUUUGCUUUGAGAUAUUUUAUUGAUCAGAAAAAAGUCAAAAGGAUUGCACAACAGGCAGAGCUUAUAUAAGUACUCUCCUAAAACUAGUACCAGUAAUUAGACUUAAUGUAAAGAAAAUAUCAGUCUAGCAGUAAUCAGAGAAGUGAUCUCAUUUAGUGAUGAAAAUAAAGGAUGGAUUCUAUUUUCUCUCAUCCUCAGGUAUAUAGAAAGCUAUAUAAGAAAUUUUUAUCUUACAUGGGAUAUCACGUGCACUUGUUUAACAUGACGUCAUGAGUAAUAUAUGACAUCAUAUUAAUGUGAGAUGGUGAUAUGAGGUCAUUAGACACGUUUUAAAAUUAAUAUUGUAUGACUAAAACCUUCAUUAUAAAAGCUAUCUUGUUAAUUUGUAGUGUUAAGUUUUAUUUAGCACAUGAAAGAAACACAAUAAAUAUGGUAGUGUAGUUUAUUUAUGAUAAAAUGGUCAAAUAAAAAAGUUACUUGUUCAGCCAUUUUUGUCUAUUCAUGAAAAAUAAUGGUUUAUUUAUCGAAUGAAUGAGAGAAAAAGAUUCCAUCAUAUGCCGUCAUGUGGGAUAAAAAAAAAGAAGUACAAAACCUCGUUGGUGAAAUUUUUUACCAUGGGACUUGGUAAGCCUUGUCCCAGGUCAAAAUUUCUACCACUUUGGGUGUACUUUUUCUACGCCACAUGAUACAUAUGAUGGAGUCUUAUAAUCACCCAACCCCUUUUACAAUGAUAGAAAAGCUGAAUCAGAAGGUUCCAGAAUGUACUUAAAACCAAUACAAUAAAAAUACCUAGUUCCCUCCCCACCGCUAGAAUCUUCUGCUGUUGGUAUAAAUCACAAUUUGUAAUGUAUUACACCCCCUUAAAAUUUUUCAUGACAGAUCUGCGUAUGGUAUUACAAGGUUCAAUUUCCGUUUCGUAAAACUCAGCAUUUUAUUUUGAUGAUCUAAUAUAGUGCCUUGCUUACUACAUAUCCUUAAUGUAUUGGUGCGCUUAUAUACAUCUGACAGUUACCAAUGAUUCAAUUAAGUGUCUUUAAUAGCAUUUUAAAAAGCUUGGAACAUUUUAUGCCUUUCAUUUUUAUCAUCUUAAUUUAACAGAGUUGAUGAACCUCCAGAUGUUUCCUGACUUGUUAAUAUUAUUGCCACUUGAAAACUGUUCUGGUCCUGGUCGUGGAUCUUCUCCAAAAAGUUCAUUAUAAUCCACUGGGUUUUUUUUAAAACUCUUGCAAAAUUUUAUGGGCUUAUUUUGUUUUGUCCAAAGUCAAAAUUAUGAACAAAAACUAUGAAAUAUGUGAAAGUAGCUUUGAUAUCGAGGUUACCACACAGGCAGAUUUUAUAAGAAGGUGGAAUUGUAUUUAUAUUGCAUUGUGUUCUUCAUAUGGGCCUAUAUAUGUUUAUUAAUAUCGGUUACAAAAUGUUUGGUGUUUUAUUGUGCCUUCAGUAUGGUUGUGUCUUAACCUGUGCUUGAGUUAAAAAAACAGGAAUGAUGUCAUAAUUUGUUUUUAACCAAUGUUCUGGUUUGUUCAGCCUUUCAUAACUCAAGCCCUGGUGUUAACAUUCCUGCUUCAAGUCAUAAGUAUUUUGUUUUUAUAUUUAUUGUUAAUAUGUUACCCUGUUGUUGUUGUUGGAGUUUACUACUGUCCGUCUAGUAUUUUUAUAUUUUUAUCUUUAUUGUAACUGUCUUGUCAAAUUGUUAAAAACAAAAAUGAUACGUGUUUGAACAGAAAUGAUGACAUAAUUUGUUUUUAACUAGUGUUCUGAAUGUUCAGCCUUUCAUAACUCAAGGCCUGGUGUUAAAGGGACACACCCUAGUUAUGGCUAGUUGUUAACCAUUACGGCGUCGUUUUUUGCUAUUAAACCUAUUUUUUUCACAAAUAAAAUUGCACUUUACUUACAUUUUAUU